AAUAACUGAUUAUUUCUUCCUUUUCCUGAAUCCUAUCAAUCCUUAGACACAAAACGUGUGACUCUUGAGUACAUUUGUGGUGAAUCUUUGAUCUAAAUUAUUAUUAAUUAAUUGAUUGAUUGAUUGGUCGGGCACUAUAUAAGCUCAUCCACACCACAAAAUGCCACCAAAGUUUGAUCCGUCAGAAAUUAAAAUCGUCUACUUGAGAGCCGUCGGCGGCGAAGUGGGCGCCACUUCAUCAUUGGCUCCAAAGAUCGGUCCCUUAGGUUUGUCACCCAAAAAGGUCGGCGAUGACAUCGCUAAGGCCACCGCCGACUGGAAGGGUCUCAAAAUUACGGUAAAGUUAACAAUUCAGAACAGACAGGCGGCCAUCUCUGUCGUACCGUCGGCCGCAUCGCUACUCAUUAAGGCUCUUAAAGAGCCGCCGAGAGAUCGAAAGAAAGUAAAGCACGUGAAGCACAACGGAAACUUGACUUUCGAUGAAAUCCUCGGUAUUGCCCGUCAAAUGAGGCCAAGAAGUAUGGCCAGAAAACUUGAGGGCACUGUUAAGGAGAUCUUAGGCACAGCUUCGAGUGUCGGAUGUACUAUUGAUGGAUCACAUCCUCGAGAUAUCAUCGAAAAAAUUAAGAAUAAAGAGAUCGACGUUCCCGACGAAUGAUGUGACCAUUGAUUGACUUAAUAAUAAAAUUGAAUAAAAUUAAUGUUUUGAAC